UCUUCUCCUGCGAGACGAUCAACACGCAGUUCCCAAGCAAGGAGCAGCCCAGCACCGGCCCCUCAAGAUGCCUCGCAGACCCCGCGUCGAACUCGAGCCUCGCAGCUCGCCUCCAGCCCCAUGUUCUAUGAGUCGUCGUCGCCCGCCAACGGAAGCACGAACCCUGCACCGUCCUCUCCUCUGCGACAGAUGAGCAAUUCUCAGAGUACCAACAAUGGUGCUGCCCCGAGCUCGCCUCUGCGCCAGCAGACGGAGACCCAAUCCGUAAAUGAUGGCAAUCGCACACCAAGAGCGAGUGGUCUGGCUAUUGGCGAGUCCUCUCCUGUCCGCUACGAUCCCAGCUCCAGUCCCGGUGCUCACCCACAGACAGACCUGCGAAGUGAAAGCAGUGGUCUCUUUGUGGACUCUUCUCGGAGACAGCCUCGGUCUAGACGUGGUGAUAUCCACUCCGAACACUCGAAUCGAACACCUAUCCCGCCGCGUCGCAUCGUUCUAGGAUCCGAUGGAAGGGUGGUCCAGGACGCUCCCCUCUCGGAUGCUGCUACAUUCUCCAACAUCAACCCGGGAACCUCAGACGCUGAUGCGCUCGGCGGGCAGAGCCAGAGCCUGGUCUGGGGAACCACCAUCUCUAUCGAUGAUACCUUUGUGUGCUUCAAGGAUUUCCUGCGAAACUUCAAGACGCAAUACCGCCUGAUCUUCGACAAGAAGCCUGAUGAGGUUGCAAAUGCCCCCGAGGCUCAGACGAAGCCUUACUGGGAAGUCCUCGAGACGAUGUUGGCUCUUGGCACGAAGAAGCUCUACCUGGAUGUUCGGGACCUCAGUGCCUACCCGCCUACUCAAAAGAUGUGGCAUCAGCUCCAGUCAUAUCCUCAGGAACUGGUGCCCAUCAUGGAUCAGGCGGUCCACGACCUCAUGAUCGAGAUCGCAAGAAACGAAUCGACCAAGCAACGACAGAGUGGCUCUGCCCCAGCGCCUUCGCAGAGCUCUGAGCCUGCCAUCCCCAGCUCGGACAGACCUGAGGAGCCGUCAACGCCGAGACCAGCACCUCAACGCGAGAUCACUCUCGAGGACCAGGUUGCCGACACUAUCUACGUGGUGCGCCCCUUCGGCAUGGACAAGACCACGAAUCUAAGAGAACUGAACCCCUCAGAUAUGGACAAAAUGAUCCAGAUCAAGGGUCUCGUCAUAAGGACCACGCCCGUCAUUCCGGACAUGAAAGAUGCAUUCUUCAAGUGCAGCGUCUGCAGUCAUGGUGUCCUCGUCACUCUGGACCGCGGCAAGAUACGAGAGCCGACUGAGUGCCCUCGUGCCCGCUGUGGGGCCAAGAACUCGAUGCAGAUCAUUCAUAACCGCUGCACCUUUGCAGACAAACAGGUCAUCAAGUUGCAGGAGACCCCAGACGCAGUACCUCCAGGCCAGACGCCUCACUCUGUGUCGAUCUGUGUAUACGAUGACCUCGUAGAUUUCUGCAAGGCUGGUGACAGGGUACAGAUUACUGGAAUCUUCAGGGUCAGCCCAGUCCGGGUAAACCCUCGGCAGAGAACCGUCAAGAGCAUCUACAAGACGUAUGUCGAUGUUCUACAUGUGCAGAAAGUGGACCGCAAGAGGAUGGGCGCAGAUGCGUCGACUCUUGAUACCGAAGAUGACGACGAGAUCCAGGUCGACACACCUGGAAUGGACGAGACCCGCAAGGUCAGCCCAGAAGAGGAGGAGAAGAUCCGUGAGACAGGAGCUCGUGAGGAUAUCUACGAGCUACUGGCGCGGUCGCUCGCACCCUCGGUCUAUGAGAUGGACGACGUAAAGAAGGGAAUCCUUCUUCAACUGUUCGGUGGCACCAACAAGAGCUUCGAGAAGGGCGGCAGCCCCAAGUACCGUGGCGACAUCAACAUCCUGCUCUGCGGUGACCCGUCCACCUCAAAAUCUCAGAUUCUAUCCUAUAUCCACCGCAUUGCCCCUCGUGGCGUAUACACCAGUGGCAAGGGCUCCUCAGCUGUCGGUCUCACGGCAUAUGUCACUCGCGAUCCCGAGACCCGUCAGCUUGUGCUCGAGUCGGGCGCACUGGUCUUAUCCGAUGGCGGUAUCUGCUGCAUUGACGAGUUUGACAAGAUGUCUGAAUCUACUCGCUCGGUGCUUCACGAAGUUAUGGAGCAGCAGACAGUGUCGGUGGCCAAGGCGGGCAUCAUCACGACGUUGAAUGCUCGGACAAGUAUCCUGGCGUCGGCCAACCCGAUUGGCAGUCGGUACAACCCCGACCUGCCUGUGCCUCAGAAUAUUGAUCUUCCCCCUACGCUGUUGUCACGUUUCGAUCUCGUAUACCUCAUCCUGGAUCGUGUCGAGGAGAAGACCGACAGACGUCUGGCAAAGCAUCUGUUGUCUAUGUAUCUGGAGGACACUCCUCAUUCCGCCCAGACCGAUAAUGACAUUCUCCCUGUCGAGUUCCUCACCUCUUACAUCUCCUACGCUCGUGCCAACAUCCACCCCACCAUCUCGCAACCCGCCGCACGCGAACUCGUCGACGCGUACGUCGAGAUGCGCAAGCUGGGCCAGGAUGUGCGCUCUGCAGAGAAGCGCAUCACGGCCACCACCCGACAGCUCGAGUCCAUGAUCCGGCUGGCUGAGGGUCAUGCCAAGAUGCGCCUGUCCACAGAGGUCACCCGCGAGGAUGUCCAGGAGGCGGUGCGGCUGAUCAAGUCCGCGCUGAAGACAGCUGCCACCGACGCCCAGGGCCGCAUCGACAUGUCGCUCCUCACGGAGGGCACCAGCGCGGCGGAGAGGAAGCGCAGGGAGGACAUGAAGGGUGCCGUGCUCAAGCUGCUCGAUGAGCUCACGGCGGGCGGCCAGGCGGUCAAGUACGCAGAGGUCAGCAGGAAGCUUGGCGAGAACGCCGGCGUGCCGGUGGAGCCGAGUGAGUUUGCAGAGUGUAUGAGGGCGCUCGAGAUGGACGGAUCUAUCACGGUGACUGGUGAAGGCGCGAGAAAGAGCGUGCGGCGGGUGACUGCGAUUGUGUAAGCCUUUGAUGAUGUGUAGUUUUGUCUCUCAAGAUGUACAUUUGAGUUGUUGAUUGGCUUGUUCGAGACUGGGCGUUUGGGUUGUGUGAACUGCUUGUCUCUGGCAUGGCUAUUAUUACUGCGCACGAGGACGUGAAGAAUGAAAUUAAUGAGACGCUUGCAAUGCUAUAUGCGACAACUAUG